ACCGGCGAUCAAUCAAGACUCGAUCUCCGGUAAUCAGAACUUUUCCAUUCGCCGACAUGGCGAUGACCAUCGAAGGUAAUCAAUCACCUCUCUUCCAACUGUAUCAUUUCUCGACGAAAUCGAAUCAGAUUCAUGUCGAUUUCCCUCUUCUACUUCUCUCCCUUGCUCCAUAUUUAUACUAUCCCGGUUUCUGGGUUUUGAAAUGUUCAAACUCACUCAUUGUUUGCUAUUUUCUUCUAAUUUUCCGAUGUGGGUUUCUCCUGGAAUGCUCAAAUUUGUGUCUUGGUACAGUACUUGCUGGACUUGCUUUCAUGUUUUCAUCUAGUAUCCUCCUACAGAUUCUGGCAUGUGCGAUAUAUGGUAAUUGGUGGCCAAUGCUAUCAGCACUCAUGUAUGUUGUGGUGCCUAUGCCUUGUAUGUUCUUUGGAGGAGGCUCAACUCAAUUCCUUACUAGUCGGGACGGUGGAGGGUGGAUAGAUGCAGCUAAGUUCUUGACCGGAGCAUCGACCGUGGGAAGCCUCGCUAUCCCAAUCAUCCUAAGGCACGCACAUAUGAUCGAGACCGGUGCAAUGCUCAUAGAAUUCACAUCGUUCUUCAUAUUCAUUUGCACUGUCAUGUGUUUCCACCGGGCUAGUCUCGAUGAUGACUGGUAACGUAGAUGCGCUCGUGAUUUACUAAUUG